AUGCCGCCAAAGAAAAAGCAAAAGCUUGAAAAACUCGACAAACCCACCUUACAUACCUGCAACAAAACUUCCUUUGCAAAAGCUUUCCUGCCUAAUGAGACCUACCACCAACGGCUUCUAGAUUACAUCGCCAUCAUCCAUCAACUCGCCGACCACGCUUCCCACGCUCUCAAAUUCUACAUCCUAUCUGCACCAACCUUUCCCACGGUAAAUGAAGAUACAAUCGAAGCAAUUCUCUAUCUUCUCAACAAGGGGGAGGCUUGGCAUCCAAGAAAGGAAGCAAAGAAGGCACGGCGGGAUUGUUUGCUGCCAUAUGUUCAACAGUACUGCCGCAUCGUUGAUUUUCCUCAUCCAAACCUACACGGCGAGCAGCAGUCAAUCAAUUACCUGACAGCGAGUAUGAUGACAAACCUGAAAGUCAACGUUCAAGAACAUUUCAUGCAGAUGCUCCUUCGGUACAUUAAUCUGCGGCUCGACGUGAAGGGACACAAGCAGCGACUGCCCCCGAAAAGUGAUGCGCGAAAAGCUUUCUUUACUCGGCUACGCUACUUAAAGUCAGUUUUUCUUUUUGAUAUCAUGCCCGAGUCGCUGGAUGACUUGACCGCUGAAGAGAGUGAGCUUCUAGAAGAGAUGUGGACACUUAACCUGCCAUUUCCUGAUCAAGACAAGCCGCUCGCAUAUUCAGUUACUGUAGACCCUCUCGCCUUCUUCCCUGCCUACUGUCGGUUGUCAAGCCUAUAUGAAAAGCAUGGAUUUCGACGGUUCAGUGCAAUCCCACUUCGCCGCUCCCUCAUCCAAAGCCAUGUGCGGAUCGACACCGUCAUCCUCUACUCUCAUAUCCUUUGCAUCACGCGGCGAGACGCAGAAGCCGUCGAGAAGGUCGAUUUAUGGAUGCGCAUCUGUAAUCUACGUACCAAAGCUUUUCGGUCUCGCCGCGGUAUGCAGUUUGAAGGCUCGAUCACCACGGAUGGAACCUCGGUGUCUGUAUACCUAAAGCACCCAGAAGCAGACAAGUAUGGGAAGCGCAGCGGUGGGAAAAAGUCAGCAACAACUCUUACAGCUGAGGUGACGGCGCUUUAUGUGGAGAAAAACUUACCUGCUUGUCGAGCAGCAGAGAAUGUCAUUGUUAUCGACCCAAACAAGCGUGACAUUCUCUACUGCCAAGACGGCAAUGGUACGUUUCGCUACACCGCCAACCAGCGAGCCGUGGAGACUGGAAGCCGUCGAUUUGCAAAAGAACGGCAGCGGAUGAAAGCCGGCGGUAUUGACCUCAUAGAAUCACGAAUACCAUCUCACAAGACGAUGAACCUCAUGGACUUUACUCGCUAUCUCCUCGUUCGCCGUGCCGACUGGAACCGCCGCAAGGACUUCUAUUCGCAUCCUGCCCACACGCGGUGGAAGUGGCAUGCAUUUAUAAACCGUCAGAAGAGUGAAUCGAACCUCAUAUCCAACUUACGCAACAAGUACGGUGAAAACUUUACCAUUGUGAUGGGAGAUUGGAGCGAUGCCGGUCGAACUGCAAGAUUUCAGACCUCAUCAAAGACGAAAGGUUUCAAAACACGACCUCAUUCAAGACCUUGGCGACGACGAGAAGGCAAGAUUGAAAAAGUCCAUGGAUUGCUGGGUUGUACCAACCCUAACUGUCAGCAAGCCUGGACGAUGCGCUACUGGAAUCGAGAUACGCUGAGCACCUGCAAUAUGCUGAUAAUCGUGCAAUCAAUGUUGGAUGGACACAGUAGACCAGAAGUGUUCAGCAGGAGUGUUCCAGCCGUAGCUUAGAUUGGUUAGAUUAGGUUUUCCGAGCCGGUUGUCGCCGGUUCAAUCCCUGGUGCGGGUGCUAGUGCCAAUACCCACCGGCUCCGCACUAUAUAUAGAAUACUUUUAAUGAUUCAAUUGGUUGGAAUCACUGUAC